UCAACACAGACAACAACUGAAGUGAACAGACACCAUGCUUAUCACAGAGACACACAAGGAUGUGCCGACGCAGGCGGGUGGUGACAUGAGGGUCUUCAUCUUCCACCCAACAAUUGCCAACUAUCCCAAGGCAAAGUUCCCUGGUGUCGUCGUGUUCUCUGAGAUCUAUCAAGUGACUGGCCCUGUGGCCCGGUUCGCACGCCAAAUCGCAUCUCAAGGCUAUAUCGUCGCCGCCCCGUCCUCCUACCAUGAGUUCACGGGCCCAGAGCCCCUAGCCUAUGACGGCCCUGGCACCGAUGCAGGCAACGAGUGGAAGGUCGCCAAGAAGGUCGAAGCCUACGAUGAGGAUGCCAAACUGUCCGUUGACAUCCUUCUCGACCUUCCAACGUGCAAUGGCAGGAUUGGCGCCACUGGUAUGUGCCUUGGUGGACACCUUGCCUACCGCUGCGCUCUCGACCCGCGCGUUGUGUCAGCGAUCUGCUAUUUCGCAACUGAUGUGCACAGCGCUACGCUAGGCGCUGGCAAGAGCGACGACUCAUUGAAGCGCGCGAAAGACAUCAAGGGUGAGCUUGUCAUGAUCUUUGGAAAGAUGGACAACCAUGUGCCGCCUGAGGGUAGGGACUUGAUCCGUAAGACGCUGCAUGAGGCGGGUGUCACUUUCAGCUUUUAUGAGCCGGCUUGGGCACAACAUGCUUUUAUUCGUGAUGAACUCAGCAAAGGGCGGUACGACGCAGCGCUAUCGGGUAUCUGCUUCGAGAUGCUGAAGGAGCUGUUCAACCGCACUUUGCGUUCUGACCUUGGCCCAAGGAGCGGCGGAGAUGUCGAGAUUGAGGACAUUUGCUAGACAGCGAUAAGCUGGACAAUAAGACGGCAGAUAAGC